AUGGCGAUUUGGUUCUGUGAUAUCGAGGACUGUAAGAAGCCAGCAGUUCGAACACAUGGAGAAUGCCCGCUCUGUGAUCGACAUCUUUGCUCAGCACACCUUGAAGAUGGAUUUCACAGUUGCCCAACAUGGAACGAUGAAGAUGCUUAUGAUCCUGCUGCCCGGGAUGCUGAAGAGAAAGAGAUAACCUCCCUUUUCCAAAAAGUUAACAUUUCUGCUUUGAUUUCAAGGGCAACACUCCUUCGCAGUGGUAUUCCCUGCCAGGUCACCAACUCCUUACACUACGAUAGAGCAAGUAGAAGCUCAGUAAUGGGUGGCAUGAAUUACCAUAUCGAACUUCAAUUUGAUGACGGGGUAAGCUGGAUUGCCCGUAUCCGCCGAACAAAUGCAACUUCCCCGCCUCCGAAGCUUCGCGAUGCCAUUAUAGCUAGCGAGGUAUCUACACUCAGGUUCCUUGAAAAUUUGAAAAUCCCAACACCUAGAGUGUUUGACUUUGUUCCAGAGAGCGAGAGCACUGUCGGUGUAGGGUACAUUCUGAUGGAGAAAAUGCCUGGAAAGUCGUUACGCUGGGAUACCGUGCCGGAUGAACAGAAAAGGAUUAUAAUGGGCCAGUUAGCCGAUGUCUAUAUCGAACUGGAAAAAUAUCCUUUCCAGUCAAUGGGGUCCUUACGGGGUUUAAAGUCACCUACGAUUGGAUCAUUUGCUCGGGAGUCAUUAACGGAGCGCGUAGAUGAAAAGAUUCAUGCUGUUGGGCCGUGUUUAUCGAGAAAUGAAUACUUGAAAGAGUCGAUCCGGUUGAUCUUGAACCUGAUUCUGGGAGAGGAAAUGUACACAGCACGCGCUGUGGACGCAUACGUUAUUCACCUAUUCCUUCUUGACUCGAUCGAUGCAGUAUGCUCUGCACAGGCUGUCCCGGACAACGGGCUAUUCUACUUGAAACAUGCGGACGACAAAGGCGACCACAUACUCGUCGAUGGUGACCACAACAUCACCGCUAUUAUUGAUUGGGAAUGGGCCUAUACUACCUCGAAAUCGAUCGCCUUCAACUCUCCCAUGGCAUUUUUCCCAGUUGGAGACUUUUAUGACGGUGCUACCGAGCCUGGAGAGGGAGAGCUUCUUUUUGCUCAAUUGCUCGAAGAAAAAGGAUGCCCUGAGUUAGCCAACAUCGUGAGCAGUGGUAGGAUUCAACAUCAUUUUGAAUUCUGCUGUGGAUAUGACCUGGUAACGGAUUGGGAUGGGUUUUUGGGUCUAUUCGGGGGACUUCGACGUGCCCUUGGGGGCGUUGACGGGGGCCUGGAUUGGCGUGGUUGGAGGGAGAGAGCAUUGAUUAAAUAUAACGAAGAUGAAGGUCUCAGGACCUUGAUAUCCCGACAGAGAAACUGA